GCCCCCAGCGGUAGCGCUAGCGCUCCGCAAGGGCCAACAAAGAUGUUGUUUCGUGGAAACAGUACGCAAAGAACAGGGCCGCGCUGCAAAGUUCAAGUGAAUUGAAAGUGAAAAUCUUUAGCGCGUACUGAGUGUUGUUUGGAAAAAGGGCUAUGGUGAUGGUGAAGAUAGAACAGACGAAAAUAAGUCACCAUGGCACGUACCAAGCAAACAGCACGUAAAUCUACCGGAGGAAAGGCUCCGCGUAAACAGCUGGCCACCAAGGCCGCCCGUAAGAGUGCUCCGUCUACCGGUGGCGUUAAGAAGCCGCAUCGCUACCGUCCCGGUACGGUGGCUCUGCGUGAAAUCCGUCGGUACCAGAAGUCGACGGAGUUGCUGAUCCGCAAGCUGCCGUUCCAGCGUUUGGUGCGUGAAAUCGCCCAAGAUUUCAAGACCGAUUUGCGCUUCCAGUCGGCUGCCAUCGGUGCGCUGCAGGAGGCAAGCGAAGCCUAUUUGGUUGGUCUUUUCGAAGAUACUAAUCUUUGCGCCAUCCACGCCAAGCGGGUUACCAUCAUGCCCAAGGAUAUCCAGCUGGCGCGCCGUAUCCGAGGCGAACGCGCUUAAAAAGCUUUUACAUUAAUAAUAAACUACAACAUCUACAUUAGUAACAACAACGUUUUAUUAUAUACUUUAAAAAACACAUUACACAUACUAUUCGUAAAAGGCAAUUCAAGAUUACAAAAGAAUACAGAUGUAUUAUGCAAAAAAAAACAUGAAAAAUCAACGAUCGUUCGUUCGAUUGGAAAAAGAUCUCUCCACUAGCUUCAUUCCAGCUAGCGGAAGGUCAUUCGGCGAUGAUCUCUAGAUCGUAGACAUUU